GCGGAUCUGCAGGUGUCCUCCGCUCUUAGAGGCGCGGGGCGGAGAGAAGGUGAUCAAUCUCCAUCCGUCUCAGAAAUCACCUUAACACUCUGACAGACGCGCGGCGACGAGCCCCCGAAAGCAAAUGAGUUUGAUUUAUUUGGCUGCAACAAAACAAAACAAAAACUCCCGCAACCGCAGCGAGGAAGCGGCGACGCCCGUGAGCCCGCAGCCCUGCCCGCGUGUGAGAGAGCGUGCGUGACUCCUGCGUGAUGCUGCUCGGUGUGAACUCUGCGGUUUGUUUCUGAGACACUGUUCCUGCUGCCGCCAACACUUCCUGCUGCUGGAUUUUACUCUGCUGCUCCGGGAGCUGCGGCACCAGAGGAAGAGGAGAAAACACCAAGUGUCUUGGAUCGGUCCCCUGUCCCGUCAAGCUGCAGCAUCGGGGGAAACCGAACCAGUGGCCGGAGCUGGGUGGAGCAGUGACCGCCUGUAGCAUGAUGUCCUACCUCAAACAGCCCCCGUACGGCGUCAACGGCCUGGGGCUCAGCGGCGCGGCCAUGGACCUGCUACACCCGUCAGUGGGCUACCCAGCGACGCCACGGAAGCAGCGGCGGGAGCGAACAACCUUCACCCGCUCGCAGCUCGACGUCCUGGAGGCUUUAUUCGCUAAGACCCGGUACCCGGACAUUUUCAUGAGGGAGGAGGUGGCGCUGAAGAUCAACCUGCCGGAGUCCAGAGUCCAGGUGUGGUUCAAGAACCGGAGGGCCAAGUGUCGCCAGCAGCAGCAGAGCGGCAGCAGUGCCAAAGCCAGGCCGCCCAAGAAGAAGUCCUCCCCGGCCCGGGAGAGCACCGGGUCCGAGAGCAGCGGCCAGUUCACGCCUCCGGCCGUCUCCAGCACCGGCUCGUCCUCGUCCUCGUCCUCCACCACCAACCACACGGGCCCGGUGGCGCUCAGCAGCACCUCUACCUCCAUCAGCACCGUCUCCUCCAUCUGGAGCCCCGCCAUCUCCCCUGGAAACGCUCCUGCUCCCGCCGUGGCCCCGCUCCCCGAGCCCGGACCACCGUCCAACGCGUCCUGCAUGCAGCGUUCCAUGUCAGGCUCCGCGGCCGCCGCCACCUCCUACCCCAUGUCCUACAACCAGACGCCGGGCUACGGCCAGGGCUACCCCGCCCCGUCCAGCUCUUACUUCAGCGGCGUGGACUGCGGAUCCUACCUGGCUCCCAUGCACUCUCACCACCACCCCCACCAGCUCAGCCCCAUGACGGCCUCCUCCAUGUCGGGCCACCCGCACCACCACAUCAGCCAGUCAUCGGGCCACCACCACCACCACCAUCACCACCAGGCCUACGGCGGCUCCGGCCUGGCCUUCAACUCGUCCGACUGCCUGGAUUACAAAGAGCAGACUGCAGCCUCCUCGUGGAAGCUCAACUUUAACGCCACAGACUGCUUGGACUACAAAGACCAGGCCUCCUGGAGGUUCCAAGUCUUGUGAUCUUGUUCUUUUCUUUUUUUUCCCCUUCCUCUCCCCUUCCUCUCCCCUCCCUGCUCGCCUGCUCCCUCGUUGACGCUCCAGAUUUAGCGAACUGCUCGUUUUCUAAAAGACAAAAAGAGUUUAUGAACCAUCAGAUGACAAGAUAGCAGCAGGAAUGCUCAGCAAAUCGGACUUUGUUUUUUUUUUUCUCCUCCCUCUCGUCCUCCACGUCUUUUUAAAAAUGAAAAAUAACAAAAAAAAAGAAGAGCAGCCUCCCUCCAGCCGUGUGAAGAGAAAACUCCAGGAGCAGUUUCCUGACCAUGAAGAACGGAGGGGUUUUAAGAAGCCCCCCUCAUGGAUGAGCUUAAACUGUUUUUUCCCAAACACAUUUAAAAAAAGAAAAAAAGUCAUUUCAACCAAACUCCUGCGACCACCAGCUCUCUGGAUACUUUCCCCUCUGCUGCAGGACCUGAGUCCUGCGCCGCCCUCGUUACCUCCGACCCAAUCAAACCCUGUACAGUUUUUAUUUCUGGAAAAAAAUUUGUUAUUUUAGGACGACAGAGAUUUUUAGUCAGCUGCGUUGAGGAGCUGAAAUCUGUAAAUAUGUAUUUGGGUCAGUUACAGUGACCAUGUUUAGUUGGUGUUUUUUCUGGAUUUUAAAUUGUUUAUUACCACUUUGGGAGAAAAAAAGAAAAAAAAAGUGUAUGUAAAUCUUUCCAAAUAUUCCAAAGAGAACAAAUUGGCCAUAAAGUUCAGUUUUUAUAUUCAUCGUUUGACUCGGAGAGAAAAUGUUUGGGCUUUUUCUGAAAUGUCUUAGGAAGAUGCAGAUCUAUUCUGGGCUCAGGUCCAGGCCACGUUUAGUUUUUUCCGGAUGUUCUAAUUCUGAUGAUUAUGAAUCUAGCCUCUACAUUUCCAGAGCUCCUCUCUUGGGCGUUGUCGUGAUGUUUGAACCGCAGCACUUGGCUUGAUUACUUGGAGUCAAAGCAUUUUUUAUUUUAUUUUUUUUCCUUUUUAAAAAUAUUUUUUUGUUGCAGAGGAAAUGUGGAUUUAUAAAACUCCAACAUGACAGUGAGAUGUUGAAUGUAUCUUUGAGGCGACCACCCUUACAUACAUGUUCAUCCAAUAAAGAUCCGUUAAGUCAUA